AUGGCGACAAGCACGCUUAGUACCGUGAAGGUGAACAAUGUAUCACUGAAAGCAGCACAGCGUGAUAUAAAGGAAUUCUUUUCCUUUUCUGGUGAUAUUGUGCAUGUUGAAAUGCAGAGUGGCGAUGAGGUUUCUCAAGUUGCCUACAUUACUUUUAAAGACAAUCAAGGAGCUGAGACGGCAAUGCUUCUCACGGGGGCCACAAUAGUUGAUAUGGCUGUAAUCGUCACGCCAGCCAGUGAUUAUGAGCUACCAUCUUCUGUUUUAGCUGCUCUUGAGCCCAAAGACACAAAACCUUCUGCCCUUCAAAAGGCCGAGGACAUUGUUGGGACCAUGCUGGCAAAGGGAUUUAUCCUUGGUAGGGAUGCACUGGACAAAGCAAAAGCUUUGGAUGAGAAGCAUCAGCUCACGUCGACUGCCACAGCUAGAGUAUCUUCCUUUGACAAGAGAAUCGGUCUAAGUGAGAAGAUCAGUGUUGGCACUUCAGUUGUAAAUGAUAAAGUGAAGGAAAUGGAUCAGAAAUAUCAAGUCUCUGAGAAGACAAAGUCAGCACUGGCAGCUGCUGAACAGAGUGUCUCGACUGCUGGAUCUGCUAUCAUGAAGAACAGGUAUGUCCUCACUGGAGCAGCAUGGGUAACUGGUGCUUUCAGCAAGGUCACCAGUGCAGCCAACGAUGUCAGUGCAAAGGCUAAGGAGAAGAUAGCAGUUGAGCAGGAGCACAAGAACGCUGAGGCCGGGCCUGCACAAUCAAACAUCUCAGAGAUCCCUGCAACACACAGGGAAUUGGACAGCGAAUUCACGAAGAUACAUGUUGCUGAAACCCCAGAAGAAAUUCCCAUCUCCACGGUGACUGUCCCUGCUGUUACAGAUGAGGCGCCCAGCGAGGCCUCUCCACCAGCUGAUGUUCCUAAAAAGCCAGAAGCUGCGCAGGGAUUGAUUGAAACCUCUUUGAAGGUUGAAAAUUAUUGGGACCUAAAGGAGUUUGCAAUUUGUACCUGGGAGCUGCGGUUUCACGGAGGCUGCACAUUUGCGCUCCUCGAGCAGCAGCGUUUCCUCACGGCUGCACAUUUGCGCUCCUGA